AACCGCAACUUUUGUACUCGCUCUCUUCCACCAUUUCCAGUAUUGCACACAGCCUGAAAAAUAUGUCAAACAUUUCCUUCGUCUUCGGUCCGCGAAAUAGCAUCUUUUUCGACUGUCCUCAAACAUGGAAAUUUCAUGAAAUACCGCCCACACUUCGUCAGUUAUUCAACAGCUCCAUGAGCCCUGCUUGGAGGAUUGCUAGCCCUUAUUGCCUUGCUCUCGCACCUCAUGUAAACACUCAAGAGCCAGUGUGGUACGUAGGGUGCAAGACAUUGGACGGAGAGGACAAGCAAUUUUUUUCUCAAACCUACUUUGACGUCAACUAUCCUGACCUUGCGCGAUGGUCGAAAUCGUUCCCGAAUGCCGCCCGCUCGUGCUUCAUCACCUUUGGCCAGAACUUCAGCUACUUUGCUUGCGCCCAAGGAAGAGGGUCAAUAUGGGCUGGCAUACCUUCAGAUCUCGAGGAUAAACUCCGAAAAUCACAUGAUACGCCCACCUGUGUCAGUCUCGGAGUGAAGAAUGCAUGGUUCGUCAUGUAUCCUGAUCGGCGUAUAGCAUGGGAUUUCCAUGGCCAUUACAACACACUGAAUAAGAUCAUAAUAGAUGCUGCACCAGGAGCUAUCAUCUAUGUCGCCAUCUCGCCGUAUCACCAAGACCACUAUUUCAUCGCAUUCCAGGACGGAUCUGUCAAGUACAACUUCCUGGGAGGACCUCCAGAAUGGUCGAUUCUCAUGAACGAGGUUUUCAGCCUCUGGAAUUCUCAGCGCGUGCACCAGCACCACACCAGCACGGCACCUUCACCUCAACCACAGAUACCACAAUAUGCAUAUGGACAUAUGCAAAGACCUCAGCUGCAGCCUCAUCUUCAACCACAGUUGAAUGGUGCCUUUAGCACCCCUCAAUCGCCGAUGACUAUUCACGAAUCCCCUUCAAUCCACAAUGCUUCGUUAUACCAGCACAAUCAACAUAUCCAGCAAAGCACAGUUCAGAAUAUCUCACUCCCAAGCAAGGAACCGCAUUAUGGUGUGUCGGCAGUGCCGGUUGAGUUACCAGGAGAUAUGCUGCAUCCUCUACCACAGCUCGCGACAGCACAAAUUGUAGAUCAACCAGCAAAGAAAAGGCAUAGCUUUCUAUCUAAGAUUUUCUGAGGCAAGACUGAAGAAGUUUUCAGGUUGACAUGCAUGUCUCUUUCAGGCGUCCCAUGAUAGGGCCGUGUAAUGGCCGGAGUACUUAUGUAGGAAGCAUCACAAUAUUGUGUGGGGUCUGUCGGUUGGGAUGCUGGCACCAAUCAAGUCACUGU